AGUAACCAAGAGAGACACACACUAUACACAGAGUAUCUACCUAUUUGUAUACACCAUUCCACUGUUUUGUAUUUUGUUUCUUUAGUAUCGCAGUGUCAAUUGAGUGGUCGAGAUCACGAAUGUGUCGCGGCAGGUCCGUGUUUCGAGCGUGAAUCUAGUACAGGUGAAAUUUGAUCAAAAAUAAGCACCAAUUAAUCGUCGUUUUUUCCGCGAGUUUUUGUGGUUUCUUCAGAGAUUGAUAUUUAAUUUGAAAAGAUCGGUGUUUACAUUCUACUUAGAAUUUGAUCCUAUAUACGAAGCCGUUCCUAGAUGUAUUGCAUCAGUGUAUCAUCAUCGACCGCCGUGAUUAUAAAAAGAAGGAUACGAGUUUAUGUGUCGACGACGUGGUGCCCUUAAUAUGACUUAAGUCAAAUAUACUUUCAAGUGAUGAAUAUGUGGAAAUUCGUGCUAGUUUCGGUUCUGUAUUUUUCAUCUUGUUCGUGUUAUCCCGCGAAACCGCUAAAUGAAAGAUCCCCCGAUUUAACAUGGGAAGCCUGGUUAUUAGUAGACGAUCAUAAUCAGAAUAAACAAAUUUCAGAAGGUGUAUUAAGACGAAGAAUCACCCCCAAAUCGGUGUUUAUAGCGCCGACGUUUAGCCCCGAAUCUUUACCGGCUUGCGCCGAAGGUUACAGCUCCGAUCACUUAGGAAGAUGUAUUAGAAUCAUCAAGUUAGAUCAAGCGGCUCACUAUGAUUUCCUAAUUGAAAAAUUGAAAGAAAAAUUCAAUCCUAUAGAUUACGACGACUAUUACGACGACGAUAUCCAAACACCAGGUCCUUAUCAAGUUAAUAUCCCGUUGGGGCUUCAAAAUGACGAAACUAUCGAAGAAUCAGACGUAGCUAUCGUGGUCUCCCCAACUAAACCCCAAUAUCAGGAAAGUAAACUCGAUAAAAGAGAUGACGUAGUCGAGGAAAAUCUACAAGAAAAUUUAUUAAAAAAUUUAAAAACUACGAUAGAAUCUACGACGACUGAAAUAACUGAUACGACAACUCAAGUUACUACAGAAACUACCGUAGCAGUUACAGAUGAAACUACUACGGCAGAAACUACUUCUAAUUCCGAUUGGAAUGCGGAAAAUAAAACUACAACGACGUCUUCGUCCAACUUAGUGCGGUUUCCCGAUGAACCCGAGACAAAAACUCUAAUACAAUCCCGCGUCAAGUUUCCUAGUGACGACGAAGCGCUACUCUCCCAAAUUCCCCCAUCGGUGAACCACAAUCCUAGAUCUAUUCACGAAUCCCAGCAAUCGGACGAACCUAUCAUAGAUUUCGAUCUUAUUAAAUUUCGAGAUUCUACUUCCCGGUUACCGGAAGAUGCUUUAAGCAGAAGAAACCGCGAUAAAAAUAAUGGUUUGUUUGUGUUACCUCCUAGAUGGACUGAUAGCAACUAUCGAAGACCCGUGGUUUUGAGGUUUUCCAGGAAACAUGCCUAUCUGGAUAUGGAGCAGUUCAAAAAACCUAAUUAUUAUAGGUCGAUACCUACCGAUGACUUUGCUUAUUUGUUCAAAUUCAAACACAAAAGGUGAUUUAGUUCGUGUAUAGUUUAGAUGUUUUACUGUAUCAGUACUUGAAUUUCGUUCAAGGGUGGUCCUCGUUCUUCACAAAAUUAACAAAUAUUUGCGUCGACCAUCUUAUCUGCAAUACGUCAAAACGUCGUAAACAGUUUUGUAGCUUUUUAAUUAUUUCAUCGAAAAAUCGUUUUCUACAUCUUGCUGUCAAAAUUUCAAUGCGUUUCUUCUAAUUUUAUAGUAAAAGUUGCCUCGUCGUGUAGGUUAAAAAGUUUUUUUUCGUCGUAUUCCGUUCUCAAAACUUGGUACAGGAUAUUUCUUCUUUCUUUUUUUUUUUAUUGUAUAAUCUCGCCGUCUAUAUUCGAUUUAAUUAAAGUCUUUUUCUAGAUUUUGAAUCCUUUUUUCUUCUAUUUAGAUGUCAUAACUUGAAUAAGGCAUUUCUUCUUUUUUGUUUCAACAUUCUUUUGUUCCGCCAUAUUCGUUUAACCGAUAUCUUUCUUCAUCCAGUCAUCAACUAAAAUUUGUUACGUUAUUCAAAUUUUGAAUUCCUUUUUCUUCUUUUUCAUUAAAUUAACACAAACAAAGCAUUUCGUCUUUUUGUUUCACAAUUCUUUUGUCCCGCCAUAUUUUAUUCAACCGAUGGUUAUCUUGUUCUAGCUCUGCACUAAAAUUUAUCUGGAAUUCCUUUAUCUUCUAUUUCGCCGUUUUCAUAUCUGAAACGAGGCAUUUCUUCUUGUUUUGAAUCCUUUUAUCUCGCAAUCAACAUUUAAUAUAAUCAAGGUCUUUCUUAUUAUGGUUGUCUGCUAAAAUUUUCUAUGUCAUUCAAAUUUUGAAUCUAUUUUUCUUCUAUUUCAACACAAACAAAGUAUUUCUUCUUUUUUUUAGCAAUUCUUCUGUCUCGCCAUAUUUGAUUUAACCGAUGUCGUUAGUCUUCUAGUUCUCUACUAAAAUUUGCUAAGCUUUAUAAUAUUUGAAACUCUUUUUCUUCUAUUUCGUUAUCAACAUUUAAUUCAAUGUCUCCUAAAUCUUAAAUUUCUUCAUCUUCUCCUAUUUCGCUGUCAAAUCUAGUACAGGACAUUUCUUCUUUUAUCUCAAUUCUUCUGUAUCACUUUCUUCUUCUAAUUCUUUACCAAAAUUUGCCACGUCUUCUAGAUUUUGAAUUCCUUUUCUUCUCUUUUGAAAUCAUAACUCGAACAAGGCCUUUUUUUUCUUUUUUGUUUCAAUACUUCUAGUUCUAGCAAAAUUUGUACCAUCUCCUAGAUUUUCAAUAUUUUUUUAUUCUAUUUCAUUGUUAAUAAAGGAACUGAGAGUUUCUUCUUCUUUUUCAAUUUUUCUAUCUCUCAAGCAAAAUUCAAUUCUUCUUUAAGCUCCCAACCAAAAUUUUCCACGGGUUUUUCUUCUAUUUCGUUGUCUUAAGACAGUUCUUCUUUUUACUGAAUUCUUCUAGAUUUUAAAUCUCUUUGUCAUAAUUCGAACUGGGAAGCUUCUUCUUUUUUAGCUAAUUCUUCUAUCUCGCAAUCGACAUCUAAUUUAAUCGAGGCCUCUCUUCUUUAAGCUCUCAACCAAAAUUUUCCCCGUGUUUUUCUUCUAUUUCGUUGUCUUAACUCAAACGAGACAUUUUUUCUCUUUCUUCAAUUCUUUUAUCUCGUCAUUAACAUUAAAUUUAAUCGGAAUCUUUCUUAUAAUUUCUCUACCAAAAUUUGACGUCAAAACUGAUAGGUGACAUUUCUUCUUUUUUUCCACUUCUUGUAUCUCUUCGUCAACUUCUGAAUAGAGUUUUUACGAUGAUUUCUCGAGUUCAUUCAUUCAUUUCACAAAAAUUUUACUCACUCCUCCAAGAUGAGAAUUAGUUUGACCCAUUUACUAAAUUGAUUUAAUAGAUACGACCUUACAACAGUUAGUAAAUAUGGUCGAUAUAUCUUUUAAAACUUUUGCAGAUGCAAUAACAAUAACGGGACCACCCUGUAUAUAUGUUCGUCUUGUCGGAAUUCGGCUUCUUUUUUUUAAAUAUCCAAUAAUCGAAAUUACCUUAUACAAAAUUUGUUUCGUAUUUUGAGAAUUGUUGCAAGUAUUUUUUUAAAAAUCUCGACAAUAUCACAAAAUCUAUUGUAAUGUACUAAAUUGUCAGUAAUUGAAAAAAAUCUAGUUAUUAUAGCCAUAAUAAAAAUUGGUGCAGACAUAUAAAAAAUACUACACAGUAGUUACCCACAAUUUAUAGCUUAACCGGUGUUGUCAGACUCAAUAAAGUUAUAAUUUUUUAAUAAAGUAAAAAAUAAACCUUCUAAAUUGAAUUAAAGAGAUAAAUAACUUGAUUUUUGACGUUUGAAAACGUAUUUUUUUUAUUUUCUUCAUUAAUACCAGUUUUCUCUGUUUUAAACUGGAUUUUUUAUUUUAAUUUUGUACAUUACAUUUUAUUUUCAGUAUUAAAUUCGUCAAACAUCACUUAAUUAUUUUUAUAUUAACCUUGUAUAAAUAUAAAUCCCAAACUAUGUUGCCAAACCGUUCAAUGAAAAGCUGGAAAAACUUUGUAAAACCUUUUUUAUAUUCUUAUGGAUAUAAAAAAAAACAGUUUAUUAAAUUUUCUUAACGUAUAUUUAACAAAAAAA